ACUGAUUCCCCCAUCUACCUUUUACCCUCCCAUCCUCGUGAACACCAGUUGUCACCUUAAAGUUAGGGCAUCCGCUCUUAAGGAUGUGGUCCCACACCCUCCGCAAUGAAGUGAAGUGACCGUCCGGGGGAGGGAUGAGAAGCCUUCAUUCAGAAGUAGUGCUUACAGACUCCUCUUCCUUCGCACGACAGCAGCAUCCCACCACUGCCCGGAGCAUAGGCCUUACUCUGUGUUCAGGGAAGGGGCCCCAGCUGCCCUAGGAAGAUUUUUUCUCUCCCGUUGCAGACCCCAGGCCUCCUCGUUAGGCCUGCCGGGUGGGAGGCGGGGCAACAGGACACAUCCCCGCGCCGAGAAGGCUGGUUGACAGUGGUUCAGGCCGCUACCGCCACUUUGCCACUAGCGUCCUCCCCCACCCCCACCCCCAAUCCUGUCUUAGCCGCAGCGUCUCAGGGCCAGCAUAGCCACGUCAGUAGAUGGGGCUUUUGGACCCUCCACAGGACAUUUUUUCUGCACCCUUGCAGAGGAGAGAAUCUUAAAAGAGACCGACACAAGCCUUUGGGAAGAGGGAUGUCGAUGGACGGGGAGCAGAGAUGAGUUUUCCUUUUCCCCAGAGGUCCCUAAGCCUUCUGCAGAAGAGAGCAUCCUGGAUCUUUUAAGUGUAGGAAGCCAUUUGGAGGUCUCCCCAGUGGAUUGUCCUUCCCCUGGGAUUGGUCCUUGCCUCUUUCCCCUUGUCCUGUCUCCAGCUAAUCUCUGUGUAACCAUUGCAUCAGGUCAGCCCCCUGCUUGGCUCUGCAGCCCUCUGGCCCGGGGCUCCACUGAUGAUGAAAGCUAUGUCCCACACACUGGAAAGCAAGGAGGGUUCUCCAGGGAGGACAGCCCUGUACAGAAGCACUGAGGACGAUAUUGCAUCUACAGUCCCCAGGGAUAGGCAGCUGCUGCUCUGCCUCUGGACUUCGUCCUCCUUUCCCUAUGAGAGAUUGGGGACAUUUAUCCAUUGAUUCCUAACAAAUACUUAACCAGCACCUACUAUGCUGGUUAAGUUUGGGACCCAGCAUUUAUCCGUGAACAAGAGAGAAAAAAAUCUCUCCUCUCACAGAGCUUACAUUUCAGUGGGAAGAGGCAUACAGUAAGCAAACAUGUGCCAUAGAAAAAAACUAAAGCAUGGAAGGGUAGAGAAUGCUGAGUGGAGGUUACAGUUUACACUGGGUGGUCAGGGAUUCCCCCACUGAGGUGAUAUUUAAAUGAAAGACCUAAAAAUAGGCAAGGCAGUAAGCCAUGUGGUAUGUGGAAGGAAGAGCUUUCCAGGAGAAGGAAUAGCAAGAGCAGAGGUCCUAAGGUGGGAGCAUGCAUAGUAUCUUUAGGGAACAGGAGGCCAGUUGGCUGGACUAGAGUGAGCAAGACGGAGAGUGGUCAAUGAGAAAAACAGAGCAAGGAAAGAGCAGAUUGUGGAGGGCCUUCUAAGCCAUUUUAAGGAAUUUAGCUUUUAAUAUGUAUGAAAUGAGAAGGUUUUGAAUAGAGGAAUGACACAGCCUGACUUAAGUUUUUUUUUUGUUUGUUUUUUGCGGCCUCUCACUGUUGUGGCCUCUCCUGUUGCGGAGCACAGGCUCUGGACGCGCAGGCUCAGCGGCCAUGGCUCACGGGCCCAGCCGCUCCGCGGCACGUGGGAUCUUCCCAGACCAGGGCACGAACCCGUGUCCCCUGCAUCGGCGGGCAGACUCUCAACCACUGCGCCACCAGGGAAGCCCUUGACUUAAGUUUUAAAAGACUCACUUUGGGGGCUGUUGUGAAUAGACUCUGGGAGGGGUUGCAGAAGCAGAAACUGGGAGACCUGCAGUCAAGAGGUUUCUGCAGUCACCCGAGAGAUGAUAGUAACUUGAUCUAGAUUAGAAACAGUGGAAUUGGUGAGACGUGUUUAGAUUCUGGGGUUUUGAAGAAUGACUCAAGAAGUUUUGCUGGUGGUUUGGAUUGGAUUGUGGGGUGUGAGAGGAGAGGAAUCAAGGAUGAUACCAAGGUUUUUGGCUCAAGCUAAAGUUGCUGUAUACCGAGAUGGGAAAGACCUUGGAAGGAGAAGAUUAGCAGGAGUUGGUCUUUGGACACAUUCAGUCUGUGAUGCAUAUUAGAUAUCCAAAAAGAGAAUGGCAAGUCAGCAGUUAGAGCUGGAGGUCCCAGGAGAGGUCUAGACUGGAAAUACACAUUUGGAGGAUGUCAGUGUGGGAAUGGAAUUAGGAAAAUGCCACUUGGUUUUUUCCCUUCCCUGUGGUCCAGUCCUUACCCUGGCAGAUUUGAGGACUGCCUUAAAUUUAGAGAAAGCUGAGUUGGCCAGGAUUUUGUUAUUAUGUAAUCAGGACUACAAAUGUCAGCAACUAAAAAUAAAGGAAGUCAGGCUCUUCUCUGUCCUUAGAAAUGGCUACAGGGACCAAUAACUAACUAUACUCUAUAAGACAAGAAGUAAGGAAGGAGCAGUAGGAAGCUGGAGAUAAAAGAACCUGCCUGUCUCCCCCCUUCCAGAAAUGGCUAACAUUUAUCUUUGAUCCCCACAGUGUUCCAGAAGGAAGUGUAUCUUCAUACAUCACCACACCUGAAAGCAGACAGGCAGCAGGCCAGUGUGCCAACCCGUAGACUGACGGCUUUGUGGAGCUUCUUCCCCCACCCACUAUCCUGACUAUGUCCUUUCCCAGAGCCUGAUCCAGCCACAGAGAUGGCAGCUGAGUCACUGCCUUUCUCCUUCGGGACACUGUCCAGCUGGGAGCUGGAAGCCUGGUAUGAGGACUUGCAGGAGGUGCUGUCCUCAGAUGAAAAUGGGGGUACCUAUGUCUCACCCCCUGGAAACGAGGAGGAAGAACCAAAAACCUUCACCGAGGAGCCAGGACGAGCAGCGGUCACGCGCACCUCCCAGAGCCCCAGCUCUCCGGAUUCCAGUCAGAGCUCCCCGGCUCAGGAGGAAGAAGAGGAAGACCAAGAAAGACCCAGGAAACGGAAACACAGUGGCCAGUCCCCGGCACGGGCUGGAAAGCAACGCAUGAAGGAAAAAGAACAAGAGAACGAAAGAAAAGUGGCACAGCUAGCUGAAGAGAACGAACGGCUCAAGCAGGAAAUCGAGCGCCUGACCAGGGAAGUGGAGGCGACUCGCCGAGCCCUGAUUGACCGGAUGGUUAAUGUGCACCAAGCAUGAACGGCUGGGACCAGCACUUCCCCCUCGGGCCACUUCCGACCCUUCCUGGAAGUAUCUACUGACCACCUUCUCACCAGUGCCAACGAUGGACCCCUCCCACCCCCAUCUAUUCAGUAGGGGGAAAACUUAGGGUAGAUGACAGGAGAGGGUCUCGGCAUGUAUAUAGAGAUUGUACAUUUAUUUAUUACUGUCCACAUCCAUUAAAGUGACUUUCUAGGA